UCGAGUAACAGUUCAGAUCGCAAAAUGCAUAAGGAGAAGUCUCAUCCGAAACCGCUUUGCCUCACCGAGGCCUAUGUCCAGGAUAAGCUGCGGGGCUACUUCAAAUCGGAUUCCUUGAAGCUGGAGAAAUUGGAUAUUAAGCAUGCCCUUCUCAAAGGAGAAAACUAUGCCAGCAUGAUGACUCGCAUCAGUGUGGAGUACACCACGGAAGAAUCGGAGGAAAAACAGGCCACCAAAUUCCUGAUAAAGACCAUCUUCGCCGAAAGGAAUCCAGUUUCCCAUGUUUUCAUCAGAUACGGCAUUUACACUCGCGAGAUGGACAUGUACCAGCGGAUUCUGCCCAAGAUAGCGAAUCUGGUGAAGAGGGAGAUCCAAGAUCCUCGGCGAAUAUCUGCCGGCACUGUAUACGUCGACAAGGAUACGGACUCUAUUAUUAUUGAGGACCUCGCGUUAGAGCAUUACAAAGUGGCCUGCAGGCUACAAAAAUUGGAUCUGGCACACACACAUCUCGUGCUGGAAAAGCUGGCCAACUUUCAUGCCGCUGGAGCAGCUCUGGCCGAGAGAGAACUUGGCAUCUUUAAGGAUAACUAUGAUCGUGGAUUCUAUAACAGGCAUACCCGGGGCUACGAGCCGAUUAUGAAGAAUUUACUUAAGACCCUGUCCCGUUCCCUUAACUUAGAUGAGCAACUGCGUCAACGAUACCAGGCGAAGAUUGACCGACUUGUUGAUCGCAUAAUGGUCUACGGUGAGCGGUCGACCACCAAUAAUCCUGGCGAUUUUCUGACCCUCAAUCACGGAGAUCUGUGGACCACUAAUAUUAUGUUCCAGUACGAUGCAAAGGUUCAUCCCAUCAAUGCUGCCUUCAUCGAUUUCCAGUUCAGCGUAUGGAACUCACCAGCCCUCGAUCUUCACUACUUCUUCUCCACUUCCAUCCAUGACGAGCUCCGCCUAAACAAUCAACCAGAGCUGGUUCAGUUCUACUACUACAAACUAGAGGAUGCACUGAAAAAUGUGAAGUAUGCCGGCUGCAUUCCGACUUUGUUCGAAUUUCAACAACAGUUCCGAGCUAGAGCUUUCUAUGCUGUGUUUGCUUCUUUAAUUUUUGAACCCUUUAUGGUGUAUGAUGGAAAAGAGAAGGUUUCCCUGGACCACAUCAUUUCGGAGGGCAAAGGUGGUAUGAGAUUCAAAGACGAUGUGUUUCAGCAGCAGUCCGUCAGGCUAAAGCUUCACCAUACACUUCCGUAUCUUGAUCGGUGGGGAUUGCUGGAUGAUAUGUAAAAAACAAACGAUUAC